AGCCAAUUAGAUUAUGAGCCGCAACCCGUGAGUCUUUCGGUGUAGCAAACGGAUUCCUGCUCUUUCACACUCUGUAAAGUGUUUUUGCCAUAUUUUAGGUUCAAACGCUAGUGUUGGUGUUAUACUCAUAAGGAGUUCAACCUUUCUCUGACGGAUUUGUGGCGGGGGCACCUAAGAGGACGAACAUGUCGGGAAAGAGUUUUCGCGUUAGCGACGGAGACUGGAUUUGUCCCGAUAAAAAGUGUGGAAAUGUCAACUUUGCUAGAAGAACGAGUUGUAACAGAUGUGGCAGGGAUAAAACAACUGAAGCAAAGAUGAUGAAAGCAGGGGGAACAGAGAUUGGAAAGACCCUGGCUGAGAAGAGCAGAGGUCUCUUCAGUGCCAAUGAUUGGCAGUGCAAAACAUGUGGCAAUGUAAACUGGGCCAGAAGAUCAGAGUGCAACAUGUGUAACACUCCUAAAUAUGCCAAACUGGAGGAAAGGACAGGAUAUGGUGGAGGGUUCAAUGAGAGAGAGAAUUUAGUCUACAAUGAGCGAGAGGAGUCUGAUGGCGAGUACGAUGAAUUUGGGCGCAUAAAAAAGAAGUAUCGUGGAAAAAGCAAGAAGCACACUGAAAAAAAAGAGGAACCAAAAAAAAAAAAAGAUGAUGAUGAUGAUGAUGACGACGACGAUGAUGAAGAUGGAGAUCUUUCAAAAUACAAAGUUGAUGAUGAUGAUGAGGAUGAAGCAGAUUUGUCCAAGUACGAUUUGGAUGCUAGUGAGGAGAAGAAAGGGAGUCGCUCCGGCUCCUCACGGUCAUCAUCUCGCUCGUCCAGUUCAAGUUCCCGGUCUAGGUCCAGAUCCCGGUCCAGGAGCUCAUCCAGUUCCAGAUCUCGCUCUCGCUCCAGGUCCAACUCCAGAUCCAGCUCCAGAUCAGGAAAGGGCUCUGCUUCCUCAAAUAAGAGGUCUCGCUCCCCUUCGUCAUCGCCUGAGGGAGGCCAGAAGAGGAGUUGUUCCAGGUCCUCCUCUGGUGGCCGCAAAAAAAGACGCGCACGAUCGCACUCGUCUGAAAGGUUUGGUGUAACACAUGGUGGCCUGGAUACCAGGCGUCCUUCUGCAUUAUACACAGGGCUCCGUGAUAACAAUACAUUUUUGAAACAAUGUGACAAAAUUGUGCUUUUCUCUGUACAGUACAUUUUUUAUGCUUUGUUUUGAUUUCAAGAACCAAAUCUUUUAAUCGGUCAUGGUCUUUCUCUUUGUCUCUUUCUAUCUCUUUGUAGGUGCAGAGGCUCAUCUGGAUCAUCCCACUCUGGCUCAAGCUCAAAACAGAAAUGAUUAACAAAAAAAACAAAUCUUUCUAGAACUGCAUGUUUUUUUUUGUUUUUUUUGUUUUGAUUUUUAAACUCCAGUUUUUUGGGGCUAUUGCAACUACUCAAACUGUUUGAAUUCACAUUGAUUUCUAUGAAAAAAAUACUUGCGCACUUGUUCACAUAACCUCUUCUCGAAAGUUUUCUGCCUUUUUUAUUUUUUUUAUAUAACAUCUAGCCAGAUCUCUUAACAGUAUAACUCGAGGUGUAUAGUCUGUAGUGUCAGUGGGUUUAUAGAGAAAUAACAUCAAGUCUGUGACUGAUUGGCACAUAUCUUCUGGACAUCAACCAUUUUGAUGGGAAAUUAUGCAAAUUACAUUGCAGAAAUAGUUGUAUUCAUCUAUUGUCAGACAUUAUUGCCAUCAGAACAACCAGUUCAUUAACAAAACAUUUGUUAAUUUAAAAAAAAAAAUACUUGGAUGCUGGUUUUAUGGUUCUUGUAUAUGAAACACCUCACAAGCAAUGUUGAUGGCGUAACCACGUCAAGCAAUGCCAGCAUCUAAUAGAGAGCCUCUGAGGUGUAACAUUGUCUUGUCUAAUUGUGCAUUAAAGGUAAGUAUGUUUUUUUUUCUAUGCUUGUAGAGA